AUGAGGAUAGACAUCAGCCUUUUGUCGUUGGCCACUUUGGCUCAGACUGCUUCUGGACUUGCUACAGUCGCAAAUACAAGAGAAAUUGUUUUUCCGCUAAAGACGAACCAACACAAAGAUCUUCAACUGCGAAAUGUGAAAUAUGCAUUUCAAGAGCUGGUCGAGUCGACAGAUUUCUUUGUUCAGAAUUCACCAGCCCAAUUCUACGAUAGCACCUGCCUAGUACCUGCUCUAGGAGCUGAAGCUGCGUUUCAAUUUCAACAAAGCACCCCUAGCGAUCUGUUUCCCCAUUGGUCAACCGAAUUGGUGUUGAAAGUCAACACAAAUGCAAAUAGUGACUUUGGUUGGAUUUGUGCCAAAGUUUUCGAACAAAAGGAACUUUUCGAGGACUUUGUUGAUACCACUAACCUCUAUGAGGCGGUGGUAGAUCAUUACAAUUCACUGGGCCCGCAUCCAGGGUUCCCAGCGAGUUCCGCCGAGCUAUCCAACAGUCCCAAGUUAAACGAUUUGUUUCGAGAACAAGAUUUUUGCAUGGAACAACUCCGCGACACUGGUUUUGUCGUUUUAGACAAUGCUCCUAAGACGUCAGUUGCUGGACAUAGGCUACUUGACCAAUUCUUGCAUCACAAGACAAACCAAGAUACGAAUGUCCGUACAGAUUCGGUUCAUUUUUUGAGUCGAAAAGAGGCUCAAUCAUGUGGAUUUGAGGAGCACUAUGAUACAUUAAUGGGAAUCGCAUCAUAUUUGAAUGGGAACUUGGAGAUGAAGACGUCUCCACAUGACCCGAUGAACCCAGCCACCCAAGAGCAUCCGUUAACGAUUCCAAACUCGAUACAGCUGGCCGAAUAUGCAGAAAGUGAUUUCUACAAGGCCCAUAGCGACAACUCCUUGACAAACAAGAUGGUCUCUGACGUUCAAAACAACGACCGAGUUCGUGCAAACUUUCGACACUACACCUGCAUACUUUACUGCAACGACGAUUGGGAAGAGCAGGAUGGAGGCGCCCUUCGCCUGUAUCCCCAUACAAGAAAUUUAUCGAAUGCCAAUGAUGCGAUUUUGAAUGGCUAUGAUUUCUUCGAUGUUAGUCCAAAGAAUGGCCGACUCGUAAUCUUUGAUUCCUCCAAUAUCCAUUCGGUCGAAAAAGUGACUCACACUACGAAGAAACGAAGGGCUCUUACACUUUGGAUCACCCGACCUAACAAUAGUGGCGUAGAGGGCGAGCAAUAUUUUUAA